UCACCAUUGCGUUAUAUCGUGAUGAACAUACUGAUUGUAUUCCCUACUAAAUGCAAUCAAUAAACAAACUGCCCGCUAGUAUAAAAAUCUACAACAUAUUUUUGCUUAAUGUUUAGCCAAACGGUCCUUUUGAAAGUCCAAAACAGAUUAAUAUAAAUGAAAGUUGAUUAGGAAAUUAAUUAUAUUAAAUUGUGCAUUAUUCUUCCAAAUUAUGUUCUUGCACAUGUAAUCGUUAAACAUCUGGUCAGUGGAACCUCAUCGGUGCAUUAUAAACUCUUAUCGACAGUUCGCCAUGCAGACACUUUAACUGUCUCAAAUCCACAGCAGUCAUUACCUCGGUUUACGACUGAUGAAGAAUCUAAUCAUUGCCGCGUUGAGCCGAUAACGCAAGCAAUCUGUAUAAGUGCAAGGUUUGUGUUUGCAUUAAAACUUGUUGAACACGUCACCUUCUCGUAUAAAAUCAUCGCUCUUACUGCGAUAAAUAAUUCCGGCCGCCUCAGUGUCAAAUCUGAUGCCGUAGAUAUUCCGAGCUAGCCACGUUUACACAACUGCCAAACGACACGCACGCAAAUCGACGAGUAGAUUCCAAAAACAAUUGUUUUUAUGUAGUAGCGCGAGAAUUCCCACCACUACUCGAACUGUGGCAGGCAUGCUGCCGUUAGGAGUGAAGUAAAUUUCUUUAUUUAGUCUACGAUGAACACCUGAUUACUCAAUCACCUAAGCGAUCUGAAAAUAUACCAACAUUUUCUUAAAAUGGACAUCGAGGAAAAUCCUUUCACCGAAGCACUGCAAUCCGAUGCAUUGGUGCAGUUACUCAAGAAUAAGGAUAAGCGCGAACUGGCCGAGAAAUUGGUUGAAAAUUUGAAAAAAAUGUCCGAAAUGUUUGUACAACUGUCGGACAGUGAAAAACAACAAUUCGUUACUGAGUUCAAAGGAAAAUUUGUAAAUCAACUGAAAGCGCUAAACGAAAUGGUCUUACAGCAAACUGUUGCCGAAGAAAAUUCCGAAGCACAAAAGUUAAUUCCUGACUUUGAUGUAUCUGGGACAUACCAGGAAGAAGUGAAAUUUUAUUUAAUGAUAGCUUUUGGCAUGCUAGUUCUGUUAUUUGUUGUGUUUUUCGGCUACAAAUUAUAUCUAUCCUUAACGGAAAAGGAGCGCAAACGGGAGGAAAAACUCAAAGCUAAACAAGCUAAGAAGAAAAAAUGAGUUUUAACUAAUCGUGGAAGUGGCAGCAUAUGUACUGGAGGUAAAACGACUCGCCAAAAUCAGCACAAAUACAUUCCCCAGACGAAAAGCUCGUAGCUGUUCGUUGUUUUCACCAAACUGGACCGCACUAAAUGCAAUCAAGUGAGACUUUGUAUGACUAGUUUGAUCAGUAACUAUAACUAUUCCACACUCGUUUCAACUCAAAUGUCUGCAAUAGGAUAAAAAAGACUUUAAUGACCACAAAAACAUUGAAAUAUGUUGAGUAAUGAUACAUAUUUGUUUAUUCACUAUUUAGAAUGUGCAAAACAAAAAUUUUUAAUUCGUCUGUUAAGUUUUGUACUUCUUAAAUGUAAUUCCAAUGCGCAUUAAAAACAGUCUGACAAGAAAAAGCAAGAAUAUAAAAAGAGUUUACAAGAGUUCAAUAUAUUUUACGUGUUUAUGUUAAGGAGCAAAAUCAAACUCUUUGAAGUAGCUGAUAUUAACUUCGCGACGGAAAAUAUUUUUUCUGACGGUAUACGGUUUAAAUAAAGUAAUAAAAACAGUGUGUACAAUGUA